UACAGAUACGUAGUGUACUAGGUAGCAGGGGCUCCAGUUUCCAUAUCAUCAGCUCAUCACUGCUGAGUGCUGAUAGUUCUCGUAUUACAUAAUACAAAAAUUGUUUUGAAGCAUAAAUUGUUUUUAAUCAGUCGUCGUGAUGGCCAGCCAAACUCAAGGAAUCCAACAACUGUUGGCUGCCGAAAAGAGGGCUACUGAAAUAGUAGACGAAGCCAAGAAACGUAAAGCAAGACGUUUAAAGCAGGUCAAAGAAGAAGCUCAAGAUGAAAUUGAAAAAUACAGACAAGAAAGGGAAAAACAGUUCAAGGAAUUUGAAAUUAAACUCUUGGGUUCUCGCGAAGAUGUUGCUGCAAGAAUAGAUGCUGACACUAAAAUAAAGAUUGAAGAGAUGAAUAAGGCCGUAAUUGUUAACAAGCAGGCAGUUGUUGAUCAUAUUCUUGAACUGGUUUAUGAAAUCAAACCAGAGCUGCACAAAAAUUUCGAAGCUACAGCUAACAAAGAAUGAUAUGUGUAUCAUAGUAUUUUUUUUCA